AUGAAACUUGAAUCGCCUCAAUCAGACAUCGGGAGAGGAAGUUAUGACCAAAAUACUGAAAGCAGUCGCACAGAAAAUUCUGGCCAAAAAUUUACUUUCCUUAUUCGGUUCAACCUCUUGUGGAAACGCGUUUUGCACACGGUUUUAACCCCAAAAAUGUCCCAGAACGCCUCCAUUGAGCCUCAUACACUUUUCUCUCAUCCUUGGCACAAGAAACUCCAUGAAGAACUAAAAUCUUUGGCUACCAACAAUGAAGCAGAAUAUGAAGCUGUCAUUAUAGCCCUAGAACUGGCAAAAAAUCUUGAGCUGGAGCAUGUCAAAGUUUUCAGCGACUCACAACAAGUGGUUGGGCAAAUCGAGGGAUCUUUCGAGAGAAAGGAUAAAAAGAUGAGUUUAUAUUGUCUAAAAGUACAUGACCUUCAGAGGCAGUUUGUGAGUUGUAAAAUUCUAAAGGUAGCCAGGGCUGAUAAUAUCGAAUCUGAUGCAUUAUCCAGACUCAUCUUUAUGGGUGUGGACGGACUCGACAGAACAGUACACAUCAAGAUAGUAGCAGAACCUAGCAUAGCUCAAAAGCCAAGUGUCAUGGAUAUUGACCAUGAGCCUUCCUGGAUGGAUCCAAUAGUUGAUUACAUAAGCAAUGACAACCUACCAUUGAACCCUCUGGUUGCUAGAAGUAUUCGAUAUAGAGCCACUAGAUAUUGUCUAAUCAAAGGAGUUUUGUUCCGAAGGAGUCUCACACUCCCCUACCUGAGAUGCCUCAAGCCUUCCGAGUCUCUUCAAGCAUUGACUGAAGUUCAUGAAGGUGUGUGCGAAAAUCACCAAAAAGCUCGAGCUUUUGUAUAUAAGUUGAUAAGGUAUGGAUACUACUGGCCAAGUAUGAAGAAAGAUGCAGCAGAUUACGUUCAGAAGUGCGACAAGUGCCAAAAGUUUGGCAACAUCAGACAUGUUCCUACUGAGGAGUUAACUUCCAUUCAUUACUCAUCUUCCUUCGAACAAUGGGGGGUCGACAUUCUUAGGCCAUUCCCCUUGGCUAGAGGACAGUUAAAGUUUGGAAUACCGAAAGUCCUCAUCACAGAUAACGGAAGGAAAUUCGACAAUCCACAGUUUAGGAGCUUUUGUGCUAACCAUGGGAUUGAUCAUCGCUUGACCUUGGUAUCACACCCACAAAGGGAUGUCAAAGGUGACUGGCCUGAUGAACUCCCUUCCAUACUAUGGACACACAAGACUUCGUAUAAAACAACAACUGGUGAGACACCCUUCAUGCUGGCCUUCGGACUGGAAGUUACCAUUCCAAUAGAGGUCAACCUCCCCACAAUAAGGAAGCUUGAGACAAAUAUGGAGGAACAAACCACUGAACACGUUGACUUGCUUGAAGAAGUAAGAGAACAAGCCUCACUUAGAGCUUCAAGUUAUCAGAGUAGAAUAGCAAGACACUUUAACAACAAGGUUCUCACAAGAAGGUUCAGAGUUGCGGAUCUUGUCCUUAGAAAAGCAAAAGCUGCCGAACACCCACCAGGAAAGCUCGGACCAAUAUGGGAAGGACCCUUCGAAGUCAUAAGAAAACUGAAAGAUGGAACUUACAGCCUUAGAGACACAUCGGGGAAGCCGCUUCUAAGGCCAUGGAAUGCUGACAAUUUAAAAUUUUAUUACAACUAA